UGCUAUAAUUUUAAGUGUACAAUUAUAAACGAAUUUUAUUACGGUUUACUAAUCCUGAAUAUGGAAAUUAUGAAAAAACGCUGAUUUCAUUUUCUUAUUCGCAUUCUUCUAUUAUCAUUAAGAGUUGUGAAAUAACGUAUAGGCUUUUCGAAGACGUUGCGCUCGAUCUCGGAAGGAUGUGCGUGAUAAAGCUGGCAUAGCAAAAGCACACAUGCGCUGCACUUUCAGGACUUACUUUGAUUGUUUGAAAAACUGAAAGGUUAUGGAAAGCUUUUCAAAGGAAAUUCUUCCAGAUGAAUUCUACCGCAGUCUUGUAACUACAACGUUUUGUGCUGCUCAAAUACAUUUGACUGAAUGUCAAAAGGUAGUGAUCAUAUUAUCUAAGUUGUGUCCCUUGCCAACGCAUUUAAAACACUUAAAACGAGUAGCAAAAGCUCCACAUCAUGAGUUCUGUUUCGUCAAAGGACAAUUUGAUUGUGUUGAAUCUGGCGCAAAUAAAUUUCAGAAGGAGACUUGUUUUGUUUUAAUCGCAAAAAACGAAGCUUUUAGUGAAAAAAUGCUUCAUCUUGUUUUCAAAAAAUCUGACGUACUUCCACCUAUUUAUAAAAUACAAGUGCCUUCGCAUGAACCGAUAACAUAUGAACAAUACAUUGCUUGGAACCAUUUAUGGCCUAUGUCGUGGAGAAGACCGCAAUGGAAUCCAUUAGUGUUUAAGAAAAUCCCACGAGUAAAGUCUACCAUUUUAAAAUUUAUGCACCUCUUAUCUAAUGAUACAAAAAAAUGUGAUCCUAUAUGUUCAAAUAGCUGUAUUCUGUGCUUGGGAGAAAGUGUUAUUGCGUCUGCUGAACACAAAAAUGAAGAUAUCAAUAGUUCCAAUAUAAAUCAACACCCAUUAUACUCUCAUCAUGUUGUGCUGCAAGCUUUGUCUAGAUUUUCUCAAGCCAUUCGUUUUCAAAAAAGUAUUGUUUGUAAAAAGACAAAGAGACUACCUGUCAUUUUAAUUAAAGAUGAAAGACCUCCAACCUCAAAAAUAACUCAGAUGGGGUUUCCAAAACCAAAUGAUCCGUGCCAAAACGACAAUGUAAAACAUAGCCACACAACAAGAAGUAUAUUUUUGAAAACGGAUCCAGAUAAUCUCAUUUUACAAAAACAAAGAUUGAAUGAAUCACAAUAUUAUGCCACCGGAGCUGUGGCCUACUUAUCAAGCGAACCGUGUAUAAUGUGCGCAAUGGCACUUCUGCAUAACCGAAUAUCUGUAGCCAUAUUUCCAUCUGGAACUGAAAAUAAAGUUUACGGCGGUCUUGGAGGUUGCAUAUCCUUGCAUACAAACGGACAGCUUAAUCAUAGAUUUCAUGUACUUGUUGUGAAAAUAAAAUGAUGGUUUAUGCAUUAUAAAUUUCACCAAAAAAAUUAAUUAAGUACUUAACCCCAUUUUAUUAAGCUAGUUUCUGUGUCUUAUAUAAGCUAUAAAGAUAAAAGAUCGUUUUGUUAACAAUUCUGCAAAAUUUUUUUAUUAGAUUUAAAAAUUAGAAACAUCAAGAAAAAAUACAUAAUAUUUAUAAUGACUUUAAAAAUUCUACCGUUUAUAAAAAUAACUUUUUAAACAUAGCUGCUAAAUAUUAAACAAAUCUCUGCAAUUUAAAACAACGGAGUAAGAAAUCAGUGUUGGAACAGCAACAUGAGUUAAACACAUUCCAUGUUACAUGAAGCUAGUUAAUGAUUUUUUCGACUGGUUGUAUUCGGAUACUGGUCAUUUGAAAUGUAAAAACUAUUUAAGUAAUAUAAACACCGGCGACCUGUUUAAGUGGAUUUAAGGUCCAAAUAAACCAUACCCUUGAUGAUUGCUAAAUCGUCACUGUGUUACUCAGAUUCUUUUGUGUGACUGUAUAUACUAUAUAAUUUUAGCUUCGUUUUAUCUCUGUCAAAUAAUCUCUAUAGGUCGUCAUAAGGUUUAGUAAUUUUCAUAAGUAGAGAUUGUAACGUGAUGUAUAAUGUAAAAAAAGGAUUAAGAAAAAUGCAUGCUAAUAAUCAAAACAAUAAGAUAAUUACAUGAUUUCCUCUGGUUUUCAAUUCAUGGAACUUCAGCUGCCGUAAAAAUUCAUGAUUUCUAGGAAUGUCUUAUGCAAGAAAUCCGAAUACAUGUCAUUUGACCCGUUUUACUAUGCAGUAAAAAUGAGACGAAAUUUAUAACUUAUUACUAUUUUUUAAGCUUUGUUGAUAUAACUUCAGCCCCUGCAUAAAAUUUUCCCAAUUCAAACCACAAGGAGUAUAAACACAAACAGCCCCCAUGUUUUUAUUCGAAUUCAUAUUGCGAACAUCCUCAAUAUUUUCGUAUAAAUUAUCAUAAAAAAUUAUAUCUGUUAAAUUUAUAUUAAGUUUUUCACAAAUUGCGGUCAAAUGUUUUUGUUUUGUUCGUGGAUAACAUUCCGUAAUUGUUAUUAUUUCCCUGAGACUUAUCAAUGUAUUUUUAUCAUGCGGUGAGAGAAUAUGAAAUCCCUUCAACGCUUCUUCGGCCCAUCGAGCCCGUGUAGUUCGCGAAGCAAUGCAAAUUUUACUUUGAUUUUUGAUGGAGUAUAAAUACGAAAAUAUUGCGGAAACGUCUUUGAAAAGCCACAAAGCCGGCCCCUGCUUUUUAUAUGUUUUCAGACCAUUGUCUUUUGAUUUGAUGAUAUUUGUUGGGUUGUAAUCAUACAUUUCAUCCAAUACUUUCACCGUUUUUGAAUUUUUAUUUGACCGACUACAUUUAGAAUUAAAAAAAAAGGGAGGACCUCGAGUGCAAUCAACGUCAUUACACCAUAAAGUAUCGUCCAAGUCAAAGACAAAGCAUUUAGGCAAUGUGGGUAUGACAUCUAGCUUUAGUGUAAGAAAUGGUAGAGGUUUACCGUACGUUACCUCAGUUAGCCCAUCCUUCACACUUUUCUUUUUAUUGUCAGUUGACCGAAUUGAUAGUAAAUGUUCCUGCAUUGUAAUUUUUUUUUUGUAAAAUAACUGGAUUUUCUAAAAAAAAAUAUCUCUAACUCUAAUUGGUAACAAAUAACUCUAUCUUAAUCUGAAUUAAAAUUUCUAUUAAUUUUUUUAUUGAUUAAUUGAUAAAUGAAGAAAGAAUUUAAUUGUUGUUCCAUCGCUUGAU